UCAUGAUCUCCACCAGGCAGGCGUGGUCUAGAAUGGCUUUGGCGUGACUCUGAGCCGCGUGACCUCCUUUCCCAUUCUCCUUCCUUUCUUUCUUUCCCCACGCGUGACUGGGGUCUCCCUUGAAGCAGAGGCGCCAUGGGCAGGAGGGCUCUCGGGGAUCCGUGGGGUCCCUUUCCCCACGCCUGCCUCUUCGUGACCUUGCUGAGCCUGAGCGGAGCCUUCUGCCUGGCCCACCCGCGGCUGUGGGCGCCCGAGCCUGACCAGCUCUUCCGGGUCCCCGAAGGAUGGCGCUCCGUGGGCCGCGUCCCGCCCUCCCACCCACUGAGCUUGACCUUCGCCCUCCGGCAACGCAACCACUGCCAGCUGGCCGCCCUCCUCUCCGACCUCUCCUCGCCCCACUCCCCCCACUACGGGCGCUACCUGUCCUUGUCGGAAGUGGGGGCGCUGGUGGCCCCCUCCCUUGAGACGCUGGAGGCGGUGGGGACGUGGCUGGAGGAGCACGGCGUGAGCGAGUGCCAGUCCGUGGCCACCAUGGACUUCCUGCACUGCACGAUGCCGGCCAGCACGGCUGAGCACCUCCUCCCCGGAGCCGAGUUCCACCACUUUGUCAACGGGGAGCAGCGGAGCGUGGCCCUCUCCCCGUCGCCUUACAGCCUCAGCAAGGAGAUGAAGCAGCACCUGGAUUUCGUGGGUGGCCUGCACCGCUUUCCCCCGGAGAAGAGGGCCCUGAUCCGCUCCUGGGCCGCGAAGGAGCGUGGCCCGAGCUCCACCUUCCACCUGGGAGUGACGCCGGCCGUGCUCCGGAAGCGCUACAACCUGACGGAGGCUGACGUGGGCCGCUCCCCCAACAGCAGCCAGGCCUGUGCACAGUUCCUGGAGCAGUACUUCCACCCGGCCGACCUCUCAGAGUUCAUGCAGCUCUUUGGAGGGAGCUUCCCACACCUCUCCCACGUGGACCAGGUGGUCGGCCACCAAGGGGGCGGCAAGGCUGGGCUGGAGGCCAGCUUGGACGUGGAGUACCUCAUGAGUGCCGGCGCCAACAUCUCCACCUGGGUCUUCAGCAACGCAGGGCGCCACGAGGGGCAGGAGCCCUUCCUGGCCUGGCUGCUGGAACUGAGCAACCGCUCCGCCCUGCCCUGGGUCCAUUCGGUCAGCUACGGGGACGACGAGGACAGCCUCUCCGCGGCCUACAUGCAGCGCGUCAACGUUGAGUUCCAGAAGGCCGCCGUCCGCGGGGUCAGCAUCCUCUUCGCCUCAGGAGACUCUGGGGCCGGUUGCCGCACCGUCCAGAAGGGGAAGCAUGCCUUCCGACCCAGUUUUCCAGCUUCCAGCCCCUACGUGACGACGGUCGGGGGGACCUCCUUCCAGCACCCCUUCCUGGUCAGCGCAGAGGUCUCCGACUACAUCAGCGGUGGUGGCUUCAGCAACGUCUUCCCCAUGCCGGACUACCAGACGGCGGCCGUGAAGCGGUUCCUGAGCACGACCCCCAAGCUGCCCCCCUCCAGCUACUUCAACGCCUCGGGGAGAGCCUACCCGGACCUGGCCGCCUUGUCCGACAACUACUGGGUGGUCUCCAACCGCAUCCCCCUGCCCUGGGUCUCCGGCACCUCCGCUUCGACUCCGGUGGUGGCGGGCAUAUUUGCGUUGAUCAACGACCGGCGCCUGCAGCGAGGGCUCCCGCCGCUGGGCUUCCUCAACCCCGUCCUCUACCAACUCCAGGAUCAGGGCCAUGGUGCCGCCUUCUUUGAUGUCACGCGUGGGUGCCACCUCUCCUGCCUGGACGCCACCGUGGAGGGGCAGGGCUUCUGCGCCGUUCCUUCCUGGGACCCCGUCACCGGCUGGGGCACCCCCAACUUCCCAGAGCUCCUGCGCGCCCUGAUGAAGUAGCCGUGUGUCUGCGUGGGGGGCAUUACGAGGAAGCCCCUCCCCACAGGCACGCACCCAAAGGGCUCCCCACAGCAUUGCGCACCCAGGACGGACCGGAGAGUCAGUGGGGUCUCUCCUCACUCUGAAUGAGACCAUGGCGGUGGAACCGGGGGGAAGGGGACAUGGAACGCCUCCCUCAAAGAGCUGGGCCUGGGUGCCUUUGGGUCUUCCACACAAACACAAACGAGCAAACUCAGGAGAACUUAGGGGGCAGCAAGAGGAGGUUAGGGCCAGAUAGUUUGGGACCCUCACCUCCUGGAAGGAUGCUGCCCCUGUCCAGCGGAGUCGCCUGCCUUCCUUCCUUCCUUCCUUCCUUCCUUCCUUGGAGGCGGGAUGGCCAUCUGUUGGGAGGGCUUAGGUUGGGGCCAGGCUAGAUUACCUUUGGGGGUCUCUUCUAGCUGUGACUGUAAGAGAAGGAGAAGAUGAGGCCUGGUCUCUCUCUUCUUGGGCAAUAAAGCAAUAAAGGCCUGGCCCCGCC